AUGGCAUUUACGGGGAGUCGCGAGGGCAUGGCCGCCUACGCCGGCCCGUCGCUGUUCCAGCCUCACCGCGCGCGCGACGCCAUCCGCGACGCCCACAAGAAGAAGAUUGACCCGAUCCUGUGCUACUACGCAGGUCUCAGCAGCGUUCCCAUCACGCGGUUCCUCGCGCCGAUGAACUAUGACGCCGUCUGGAUCGACUGGGAGCACUCGUCGUGCAAUGUCGAGACGAUGACGACCAUGGUCCACGAGGCCAUCUUCAUGAGCCAGGGGCGGACGAUCCCCUGGGUGCGCGUGCCCGGACACGACCACGCAGCCAUUGGCUACGCGCUGGACGCGGGCGCCAGCAUCGUCGUCCCUCAGGUCGACACGGUCGAGCAGGCCAAGCACGUCGUGUCGGCGGCCAAGUUUGGCAGCAAGCAGAACGGCACGCGGUCUGCGCCGCCGUUCCGGCUGAUUCCCUACCUGACGGACAUGGCGUACGACUCGCGCAACGACGUGCACAAGUGCCUCAACGACCAGGCGGCCAUCAUGAUUCAGAUUGAAUCGCUGGAAGGUGGGUUCCUCUCUCCACACUCCACAGCCAUGCUCUCCAAACCCCAGACUCCAGAUCUCCACACGCGGGGAUUCCCGUCCCGUCAGCAGGAGUCAAAGAGUCGAGGAGUCAAGAGUCAAGAGUCAAGGGCUGACCAGGUCUCCGGCACAGGCAUCAACAACCUCGACGCCAUCCUGACCGAAGUGCCCGACAUCGACAUCGUGUGGCUAGGCAGCCUCGACGCGCGCGUGAGCAUGAACUUCAAGGCGGCCUUCGGCGACCCCUGGGACGAGCCCGAGUGGGUGGCGGCGCGCGACAAGUUCUUCCAGGUGAUUGACAAGCACGACAAGCCGUACGGGGGCUUCGCGUUCGUGACGCCGCCGUGGGGCACGCCCGAGACGUUUGCAAAGGCGUCCGAGCGCAUGGCGUUUUGCACCGUGUCGGCCGACGUGAUGCACCUGAUGAACCUGUCCAACGACAUGCGCGUGGCCAAGGAGGAGAUUGCAAAGAGCCGCGGGGGGGCCAAUGGCGACAAGAAGGACGUCGUCGUCGGGAACGGCAACGGGGCGACGAACGGCAGCGGCUAG